GGAAGUAGGAGGUGUCCGGCGGAGUUUGUGUGGCGGCCGCCGCGGGAACGGGGAGCGCGGUAGUUUUCUCUUUAUUUGUUUUGUUUUGUUGAAGGGAGAAAAGGCGGCUUCGCGGGGCUCGGCGGAGCAGGGGCGAGCGGCUUUGGCGGCCCUCUCCCGGGCGGUGAGAGGCAGCAUGGAGGACGAGCGGGGCCGGCCCCGCGGCGGCGGCGGCGGCGGCGGCGACGCGGCUCAGCAGAAGACGCGGCGGCCCGAGUGUGAGGAGCCGCGGCCGCUGAGCGUGGAGAAAAAGCAGCGAUGUAGACUUGAUGGCAAAGAAACAGUUGGAUGUAAGAUCAUUACCUCCAAUGGAAGUGACUUCAGUGACCCAGUUUACAAAGAGAUUGCAAUGACAAAUGGUUGUAUUAACAGAAUGAGUAAGGAGGAACUCAAAGCCAAACUCUCAGAAUUUAAACUUGAAACAAGAGGAGUCAAGGAUGUCCUAAAGAAGAGAUUGAAAAACUAUUACAAGAAGCAGAAGUUGAUGUUGAAAGAAAGCAAUUCUGUGGACAGUUACUAUGACUACAUUUGUAUUAUUGACUUUGAGGCUACUUGUGAAGAGGGAAACCCAGCUGAUUUUCUGCAUGAAAUCAUUGAGUUUCCUGUUGUUCUGUUGAAUAUACACACCUUAGAAAUAGAAGAUACGUUCCAGCAGUACGUGAGGCCAGAGGUUAACUCACAUCUUUCAGAUUUCUGCAUCAAUCUUACUGGAAUUACUCAGGAUCAGGUAGACAGAGCCGAUGCUUUCCCUCAGGUCCUGAAGAAAGUAAUUGAGUGGAUGAAGUCAAAGGAAUUGGGCACUAAGUACAAGUACUGCAUAUUAACAGAUGGUUCCUGGGAUAUGAGUAAGUUCUUGAACAUCCAGUGCCAGCUCAGCAGGCUCAAAUACCCUCCCUUUGCUAAAAAGUGGAUCAAUAUUCGAAAGUCAUAUGGAAACUUUUAUAAGGUUCCUAGAAGCCAAACCAAACUGACAAUAAUGCUGGAAAAAUUAGGAAUGGAUUAUGAUGGGCGGCCUCACAGUGGUCUUGAUGACUCUAAGAAUAUUGCUAGAAUAGCAGUUCGGAUGCUUCAGGAUGGAUGUGAACUUCGAAUCAAUGAAAAGAUGCACGGAGGACAGUUGAUGAGUGUGUCCUCUUCCUUACCAGUAGAGGGCGCUCCAGCUCCACAGAUGCCGCACAGCAGAAAGUAGCUGCGCGUUUGCCUGGAUCUGUUUCUACAAAUGAAGAGGUAGCCGAGGAAUGCAUCAGCUCUAGUGCAACCUUCAUGCACAUUAAACAUUUGAAACUGUACUACAAUUACAGAUAGAUGGGUGUGUAUGCAAACAUUGUGUGGGAGGACACACUGGCUUCUCUGUCACCAGCACUUUUGAUAGGAGCAGUGUUUGUCACACAGUAACCAUUCCUGCUUAGAACUGAACUUUAUAAUAUAAGGUGUCCAAAAUGUGUUCCUUUGGUUUUAAAAUGCCAGGUUUUAUUGGUUCACUCCUUGAAUGUCGUGUCUUCCUAAUGUUGAAAUUUGAAAUGAAUUUCUACAUUAACACUAUUAAAUAUGUUUUGGGAAGUGUGGAAAGGAUUGAAAAGUAGUGUUUAUGUUCCCAUUGGGUUUUACGUACAUCAUAGUCCUUUUCAUUUUUGAAGUUUGUAGGUGAAGUUCAUCUGCAGUCCUCUUCUCAGUAUCAUUGAGGGAUUUCUUCUAGGAAUGCCAUGUGGGUACCAGAUUCUACAGAUGUUCACGUUCUGUACCUCCAGUAGCAUAAUGUUUGUAUAUAAGCUACACAUGUUCUCCUGUAUAUUUUAACGAUCUCUAGAUAGCAUACUUAUUAAACUAUGAAGAUAGUUGUACUGUUUAGGGUGAAUGACAAGAACAAAAGUAUACAAGUUGGUGCACACACAACCACAGUAGGCCUUACCACAUAGCACACCAAGAGGUUGCUCAGCCAGCACCAGCUGGAAACAAACGAGGUCUGAGGUGAUGGGGGCGACAGCACUUGUCCUGUGCGUUACACAUCAGGUCCCCUCAGCUUAGUGCUUGCUGGGCAGCAAAUUUAGGUAGUUCUUUCUGGAACAUUGCAUGUAUUCAGGACAGGUAAUUGCUUCCAAAGGUGUCUCCCACUAAGCUUAACUACCUGAGUUUGAUCCUAGGAGCCACACGGUGGACUGAGAAUCAAUUCAAGGAUGUCCUCUGACCCUCUACUUGCCCACUGUUAGAACUGAGCCCACACAUAUACACACAUGUACUUCCUAAACAAGUAAGCAAAAUGUAAUAAAGUACUGGGGCACAUCUGCCAGUUUCAUCUCAUAACUGGAAACCUUGUCAUAGAUUACAGGGUCUAGUUAAAAAUCUAGUUAUUAUGUCAGGCAGUGGUGGCGCACGCCUUUAAUCCCAGCACUCGGGAGGCAGAGGCAGGCAGAUCUCUGUGAGUUCAAGGCCAGCCUGGGCUACAGAGUGAGUUCCAGGAAAGGCGCAAAGCUACACAGAGAAACCCUGUCUCGAAAAAAAAAAAAAAAAAGUCCUAGUUAUUGACUAAUGAAAAAUUAGAAGAACCAGCCUGGUGGCAUGCACAUGUAAUUCCAAUGCUCAGAAGUUAAGACAGAGAUGAAUCUGAGGCCACCCUGGAUCACAUACGUGAACCCGACUCCAAAAAGUGUCAGUAAAAAAUAGAAGUGAAAUUUUAAGAGCUUAUAAGAUACAAAUCAAUGGGAAUGUUUAGAGAUUUGUACAUUAGCUUCUCUCUCCAUUGUGAAUGUGUAUUUGCCCCACUUUGAGAUUGACUUACAGCUCAUGAUGAGCAUUGACAUUUGUGUUCAGUACUUGGGGUUAAAUGUUCUGUGCCAUAGUUAGUAAAAGUACCUGGCUUGUCUUAGUGAGAGACCAGUAUAUACUGGAAAAUAAUUCCUAUUUCUAAAAUCAAAAUGUGCUUUGGAGAUAAUGUAAAAUUCUAUCUAGAGGCUGAAAGUGAACUUUUAGAAUUAAACCCCUCUCAAGUUUUUCAUGAACCAAUUUCACUGACAUUGCUUUUUGUUUGUUUUUAACCCUUAAUAGUAACUGUGAGGCCACAUUAUUUCUGUGGUUAAUACAAUCAAUAGAUUUAUUUCAUCAUGUUUUUUAACUGCAUAAGAGAAAGGGCAGUAGAUGUGCUUGGUAGCAUGAGAAUUCCCUCCACAGACUUGUGGGUUUCUUGAGCCAGUAAGCUUCUGUCUUGAAGGAGAAGAAUGGAAAAUAGCACAUCAUUGUGACAGGUACCAGGAGGCCCGCUUGCUUACUCUUCCUUCAGGUGAUUUUCCCACAUAAGCCAUGUUGACAUAAGCAGGCCCAUGCCCUAGAAAAAGAAUUGCUUGUCACCUGAUUGCAUAGUUGCUCCCAAAUAGCUGAAACUACAAUUGGAAAAUUGGAGAAUGGCAGGAAAUACUAAUACCUUCCUGGGUUUUUUAAUUUUUGUUUUUUAAAUCAGCCUGUUUAAAUUUCUUCCUGACAAGUAAUCAAGUACUUAACCUUUUACUUUGUUGUUGUUGUUAAGAAUUCCGACAAUACAAGUUUUUAAAUUCCUUUGGCUCUGCUAAGUGUUGCCGUCUUUACUCAGGUUUUGAGUCUUUGCCAACCUCCUCUGAUUUGAUUUGGCUUCUGCAGUGAUGGUGUGUCUCGAAGGUAUAGAAUCAGGCCAUUCUUGGGAGGAAAACGUUGAGGAAUGACUGCCGUUGUGUGUAAAGAUAUUUGUACUGUUUGACUGUUGUUACUGCUAGAACGUGUUACACGGAUAGUAAUAGUUAUUAAUAGUUACUUACAGCCUUUGCGCUCUCCUUCGUCAUCAGUAGCCACGUAAUUUACUUGCUUUCCUUUUCCUUGCUUGGACACAUUGGGAUGUUGUUUGCCUGUGUUAUUUCCAAAUCCACACCAACUGGUAUAUAUACUCAGCUAUAUUUUGUCAGAUUUUUGUCUCAUGUUUGUAUUAAAUACUGACAUGGACUCUGAAAAUAUUUAUUUUCUUUCUCUCCACUUUUCCCUCCUUUGACUGGAUCAAACAAAAGAAUGAAGAAGUAUUUUUUUUCUUUUUAAACAUUUGUUUUUGUGUGUGCAUGUGCCUGGGUAAGUUUAGGUGCACCAUGUGCCCAUAGAUUCCUGUGGAGGCCCGAGGAUGUCAGAUGCCGCCUUGGAACUGGAGUUAGAGGUGGUUGGGAGUCACCUAAUGUAGGUGCUGGGAACCUGAAUCCACACUUCUGCAAGAGCAGUAAUCACUCAGCCUUGGAGCCAUCUCCUGCCUAAAAGAAAUGCCUUUCAGAUUUCUUUUUUCUUUCCUCUUUUGUUCUUUUCCUUUAGAGACUUGCUUGUCCUGCUAUAGCAAUAGUUCUUCAACUGGGUUAGCUUAAAAGACCUUGGGAGUUGCUAACAUGUUAGUAAAGAAAGAUACUGUCACUAAGGUGAAAUAUCAUUAGUCCAUCUUCCUGAAUGUUACCUUACAAAAUAUUAAUUUGGAGGGAAGGAAAGGUGGAUAGUAAGAUUUCUAGAGAAGGAGGGAUCAUGAGUGGUCUGAAGAAGCAGCACCAGAGGGUCACCACCUCAGAAGCAAACUGGCUGUGUCUUUUGUGAAGGGUGUGCCGUUUGAAGGGCAGACUUUGGGAGUUGCUGCUGUGGAGAAGGCUAGUUCCGUGGUGAAGGCCUAUGGACUCGUUUUUUUCCCAGCCAUGCGUGUUGAGAUGCUUUCAUGCAGAGCUGAUUCCAGUGUUGAUACCAGUGGUCCCAGUCAGCGUCUUCUUGUCCUUAGUGCUGACCUGCAUUCCAGACAACAUCCAGCUCACUCUAGAGCAAGGGAUCAGUAAACUGUAACCACGGGCCGGAUCUGAUGGCCAAGUGGCAGAUCAGAAUCAAAAGAGCACUUGUGUGUAUGGGCAUUUGCUUUUGACAGGUGUCUCUGAGUUGUCUAGACUGGCUUCAAAUUCUUCAGUGCUGGAAUUACAGGUAAGUGCUACCAUGCCUGUGAUGAAGGGUGACCGGUAGCAUGGGAAAUAAAAUUUUGGUAGUGUAAAUAAAGCUUUGUGAGUAGCUCCCAAUCCCAAUUAUUUGCCUGCAUUCUAUGUUUUUGUACCUCAGCAGCUCAGAUGAGUAUUCACCAGAAACCUGGCCAGUGAGCUGCUUAGUCCUCUAUAGACGUUUGUUGAUCUCUUCCUGAUUAAAAGCCUUAUUAAGCUCCCUCAGUAGAUGAAAAACUGAUAGUAUGAGAGUCCUAUGUAAUCAGAAGUUUUCCCAUGUUCCACCUGGUCUGCAGCAGCCCGGUCCCACAGCUGCUCGGUCCCAAGCAAACACACAGAGGCUUAUAUUAAUUACACACUGUGUGGCCUAUGGCUCAGGCUUCUUGCUAGCUAGCUCUUUCAUCUUAAAUUAACCCAUUUUUAUUAAUCUAUAUGUUGCCAUGUGGCCAUGAUGUUACUGGUCUGAGGACAUCUUGUUGCUCCUUGGACAACAGGCUGGUGUCUCCUCUGACCCCACCUUUCUUCUCUCUCUAUCCCUCUUGGAUUUCCUACCUGGCUCCAUUCUACCCUGCCAUAGGCCAGUGCAGCUUUCUUUGUUAACCAAUGGGAGCAACAUAUAUUCACAGCAUACAGAAAGACAUCCCACAGCAGUCCUAGAGCAGAUGUUACAGUCCAGUCUCAAAAAACCAAAAAAAAAAAAAAAAAAAAAAAAAAAAAGGAAGUGUCCUUAACUGCUGACCCAUGUCUCCAGCCUGGAUGUAUUUCUUUUUAAACCUUUUCUUUUUUCAGUCUGGUUCAUUGAAGCCGUAGUUGAAGAGCCUUUGGAUUCAGAGAACCAAGUCAUUUCUGUGGAUUGUGUGUCAAGGCCUGGGUAAAAGAAUGGGAGUUCUGAGACUUACAUACAGUCCAAUUUCACACCUCCUAGGGAGUGUUCUCGAGGUCUGUCAAUUUGGGGUUUGCUUUGGUUUUUGUUGAGUGAAUACUGACCAUUCUGGAUUCAUGUAAUAUGAUCGAUGACAAUUUUAGACACAAGUCCUUUCCAGUUUGAUCAAGAGGACAAAAUAACUGCUAAGCUUGCUAUGUGACUUUUCCCUCCAUAGCAGAGGGCUGCUGUUGCUUGCUGCCUCGCUACUCCUUGAGUUUAUUUUCUUUAUUGACUUCUCUUUGCCAUUGGAACCACUUAGUCCUGAAACGCUCAGGACUCUUGGUCCUUUCUCCCCUGCUCUGCUUCACAUCCUUGACCUAUCACAUCCUCAACCAUUGAUAAAUUUAACUGACCAUUGUCUCACUAUCUUCGUCCAUUUUUGUGAUCUUGACACUCAAUACCACACACUGGGCUGCUGUGGGAUAUCUUUCUGUAUGCUGUGAAUAUGUGUGGCUCUGACUGGUUGAUAAAUAAAGCUACAUUGGCCUAUGGCAAGACAGCUUAGAGGCAGGUGGGAAAUCCAGGCAGAAAGGCAGAGAGGAGGAGACACCAGCCUGCCACCCAAGGAACAGCAUGCCAGCAGACUGGUAAGCCAUGGAACACGUGGCAAAACAUAGAUUAAUAGAAAUGAGUUAAUUUAAGUUAUAAGAGCUAGCUAGCAAGAAACCUGCCAUAGGCCAUGCAAUUAGUAAUUAAUAUUGAGCCUCUGAAUGAGUAUUUUAUAAGCGGCUGAGGGACUGUGCAGCCAGGCAGUACUGGAGAAACCUUUUGGCUAUACUGGGUCUUUAUAAAGAACAAGUUGCUUUCUUGCUGUUUUGGAGGUUGGGAUGGUCAAUGCCUAGGUGGUACUUUUGGUAAGGACCUUCUUGCCGUGUCAGCAUGAUGUAGAGAGAAUGGUGGGAAGAAAAUGUAAGAGUACACCAGCUUUGAUCACUGUGCCCAUAAAGCUAUCUCUCAAAAGCUCUACCUCUCAAUACCAUCAACAUAGGAAUUUGAGGGGUUUCUAAGACUUUAGGCUAUGCAUUCAAAACAUAGUGCUGUGUUCUAGUUUAACUUCUUUCUCUGUUGCUGUGAUAAAUAGUAUGGCCAAAAUCAGUUUGAGGGUGGAGGACUUAUUUUACCCAACAAGUGAGAAGUCAGGGCAGGAGCUCAAGCAGGUGCAGGAAGUGUGAGGAAAGCCUCAUAGUGGUAGCACCGCCCACACUUCCUGUCAGUUACCAAUCAAGGAAAUGCCUCAGGUAGCAGCAGCACUCACAGUGGCUAUGCCCUCCUCUAUUAAUUACCAAUCAAGGAAAAGCCUCAGAUAGGCCCACAGGCCUGACUGAUUCAGGUAACUGGGCUGUGUCAAGCUGAGGCUUAACCAGGAGACACUGUCUGUUCCUCUCUGUUCCCGCAAAAAUCUUUCUAAAACCAUGCUUUGUACUUGUAUCACAGAAGCCUGUUUUUCUCAUUAAAGUCAAGUCUCCCAGCAUUUAGACUCUCCAGUCUGAGUUCCUUACAUUCUCCAGUUUUGAUGGUGGCCAUCUGCCCCAAGCCAGUCACCAUCCCUGCCUUACGUGUGUCACGUGACACUCCUUUUGUCUCCAGAAAGUAGGCCAUCAAGCUUGGGCUCUUGCUUAUGAUUCUUAAGAACCAUCUUUGAUCCCAGCCUACUCUAACUUUGAUGAUGUCUUCUGAUGUGUUUUCUGUGCCCACUGGGCCCUUGAUUGAUGCCGCGGAGGUUCAUAUUCACUAUUUCAUCUUCAUAGGUUCUUACAUAUUGUGUCCUCAGACUCUAACAUACAAUGUAUAAUUGAAAAUAGGCAUGGUGAAAUAUAUUCCUUAAUGUCUGUACCUCUUCCUGAACUGGAGAAGGUGAAUGACUUAAAUCCAGACUACUCUGAAGAAAGAGUAGCUGCCUGGAUAGAGAGUCACCACCAGAGCUUUCCAUUUUUGUGUUCCUGUGAACCCUGAAUCUGAGUCAGAAAUAUUUAAUCCCUAUCAAUACUCGUCUUUCCCUCUAGGUGCCAGAAAAAGCAAACAGAUAAUAAAUUCAUUCCUAUUCUGUCUCUGUAUUGCUGAUUUUAAACCCUCUCCGAGUAUCUUUGACCUUGAAAAGGUCAUUCAUUGCUUCCCUUCUGUUUUAGAACAAUAAUUCUUCAACUUGUUUGGUUUUCAUGAAUACUUUUUUAAAAAGUUUUUUAAAAGAAACUAUUCCAUUGCACUUGGUUUUUGUUUGGUUUUUGAGGCAGGGUCUCAUGAUGCAGCCCAGGCUGGCCUGGAACUUGCUGUGUGGAUUAGAUUGGCCGUGAACUCUCCGGAGACCCACCUGCCUCAGUCUCUUGAGAUGGGGAUUAAAGGUGUGAGCUGCCACACCUUGGCUCCAUUGCACAAUAAAGCACAUUAAAUUUCCCAGGUUUAAUGUUGUCAGUAGAUAGGAUAUUCACCUUAGCAUAAAUAUUCACAUGUUACAAUAGGCAUCAUUCUUUAUGCUGAUGGACUCUAAAUGCUAUAGAAAUUAAUUCUAUCCAUAUAGAAAAUGCAUAGGGAGGGGCUGGUGAAAUAGCCCAGUGGUAAAGAGUUCAAUACCAACAACCAUGAUGAGUGACCCAUAGCUGCCUGUAACUCCAGCUCUAAGGAAUCUGACGCCCUCUUCAGGCCUUCAUGGCAACUGUAUUCACAUGCACAGGGAUACACACAAUUUAUAAAAAACAACCUGGAAAAUGAAUAAAAACUUUUAAAGUAUGUCUUUU